AUGACGUUCUCGAUCUCCCCUCCGUAUAAGGAAACGCUUGGCGAGCACCAGCCAGAGCAACGACCGACGCCUGAAGACCCUUCUCCUUCUCCUUCUCCCUCUCUUCCUCGUUUCGUUCAUCCGAGGCAUGGAUCUAUCUCUUCCCGUACUAGUGAGGUGAGCACCACUCCGGUCUCUGAUAGAAAGCCUAGUCCUGCCAUGCUGGAGCUUACUGGUGUUUCGACCAUGCUCAGGAUCGUUCUCUCGAAUCAGGAAAACAUUAUGUCACGUCUAUCGCAGCUCGAGUCAGGGGUAAGCCGUAUCGAAACCAUAUUAUACGAUGACAGGGGAAGAACGGCAGUGAGGAUCCCGAGUUCCGCGUCCUUGCUACCCACGGUUAGGCCAUCUGCCCCAGCAUCGGUUUGCCACGCUCCCUGCAAGUUUGAAGACUCGAUCGACAGCGCGUCCACGACCUCUAUGUUCAGUUGUACGUCGGAUGAAAACCUUAUAAGGAUCAGGGAGAACGCACAGUUAUUCUCGGCUAUAAUUCUCGGUCUGACUGCUUGGGUACGUGAUCGCCUCGAGACCAUGACGGGAAGAAUCUUCGACGCAGGCCUAAAGGGGAGGUUCAACGACUUCACGAAGGUUAUCAGCAACGUUGCCAAGUACGCCUGUCCCCCUAGAAAGAUGCCGCGUGUUCUCUCCGACAAAGACAUAGUGCUGAGGUUUUCCAGGUCUAGAGACGGGACCCUGAAGAAGGUUGAUGGAUCAUCGCUGAAGACUCUCCGGGACUACCAAUCUCGAUCGGAUAUAUUCAGGUCGUUAUGUGACUUUAUAGCACUGUUGAAGAUGAUGCCCGAGUGUUUGCCUCCGCCUGGGUCUGACAUCGUCUCUGCAAUAGGGGAGGGCUUGAUUGAUGACGGGGGUAAUCUGCUGAUCGAUCUCAGCAAGCUGGUGAUUCGGCCCAGAAGCAAAGACGAGCUGGUUUUCGAUAGCUUAUCCUCCAACGCAAUACCCAUAUACGUGAAGUUCAGGAUGGAGGGGAGAGGCUGUAAUGAAUCCAAGGCUCUGGCUAUCGAUGAGUAUGCGGCCAAAUGCGGGAAGACUGCGCGCAGGAACAGGUUGGCGAAUAGCUCGAGGACGGACUUCGCUGCAAAGGCUGCCGAUGACAUCUCCGACCAGUUCGUGGACUUUGGCCUUUAA